CUCAACACCAUACGCCUUUCGUCACCUCCAGUCAUGUAUGAAUGUCCUUUACGAUCAGCCAAAUGGCCGAAAGGCAUAACCAGGAAAGAAAAAAUUACUAAUAUGAAAAAACAAAACCCAGAAACCUCCGUUCAUGGUGCCCUCACUCAACAUCAUCAUCGCUCGUUCACCACCACCACUACCCUUGUUUGCUUUCUAAAUGAUUGCAACAUGAGAGAAACAUGCUCAUUGUAAUUCCCUAGCCUCUCUGGCACGGGGCUUCUAUUCUUGGCACCACCACAUGCGCGGACUUCCAGUUUUUUGCAUUGUCUGCCAUUAUCUCCAAAAGAAUUCAACAGUGCCAUUCGGAGUGAGUGACUGAACAGUGUAGUCCGUAUCCCUCCACAAUGACAAAGUGGUGGAAACCCAACUUACCAAGUAUUCUCGCCAUAGUUAAAUAAUGAAAAAGGUGCCCGUUGCUGAGCGAAGUGGUUUUGUUCCUCCCUUCCUGGGGACACUCAAGUUUUCCUCUUAAUGGUUGGUUGUUUGCCCCAAAGCUCUACCGCUGAUUCCCUUCUGCUGUUCUCUGAGUUUUGAGGACUUCCUUCGAAUUUCGAUUUCCCAGUGCUUUUCAAUAUCUCUGUGUUUUGGAGUUUGUUAAAGUUAUCGCUAGCCUGGGACAAGGAUGCGUAGGUGGUGUUCUUUAAUUUUCUGGUCAUUAUCGAUCCCACCGUCCUAGCUUGAGUUGCUUAUAUUGCCGAUGUGGGAGACAUCCGGCCUGUUUUGAUAGUUUUGUUCGAGUGUUUCCUCUUUUCACUUUCAUUGCGCAUGUUUGUUCUGUUUCAUAUAGGACGGUCUGUGGUGAGGUUCAUCAAUUAAUAUCACCAUGAAUCUGGUUUGGCAUGUGUCAAUUUUCGUUCUUUGUACUGGAGCAUUCUCAGCGGAGGCUUUCAUACCUGAUGUUGUAAAAGUUGGAGCUAUUUUCACAUUUAGCACUAUCAAUGGGAAAGUAGCGAGGGUUGCCAUGAAGGCUGCUGAGGAUGAUGUAAAUUCCGAUCCGAGCAUUCUUGGUGGACGCAAAUUGUCUAUACUUCUGCAUGAUUCCAACUUCAGUGGAUUUCUUGGCAUCAUGGGAGCAUUAAAGUACAUGGAGACUGAUACCGUAGCUAUACUGGGUCCACAAAAUGCUGUAAUGGCUCAUGUACUCUCACAUAUUGCAAAUGAACUUCAUGUCCCAUUAUUGUCAUUCACGGCACUGGACCCUACCCUCUCGCCCCUGCAAUACCCCUACUUCAUUCAAACAGCGCCCAAUGAUCAAUUCCAGAUGACUGCGAUUGCAGAUAUGAUUAGUUACUUUGGUUGGGGAGAGGUUGUUGCAGUUUUUAGUGAUGAUGAUCAGAGCCGAAAUGGUGUUAUUGCUUUAGGUGAUAAACUUGCAGAAAGACGCUGCAAAAUUUCUUAUAAAGCAGCACUUCCUCCUGACCCCACAGCAACGCGAAGGGAGGUUAAGGAUCAACUAGUGAAAGUUCGAAUGAUGGAAGCUAGAGUAAUUGUUCUACAUACCUUCUACAAGACAGGUCUCUUGGUUUUUGAUGAGGCCCAGAAUCUUGGGAUGAUGGAGACUGGGUAUGUUUGGAUAGCAACCACUUGGCUAUCCACUGUUUUGGAUUCAACUUCACCACUUUCUUCAAAAACUGCAAACUCUAUCCAAGGAGUCCUGACACUUAGUCCACACACACCUGAUUCAGAAAGUAAAAGGUCUUUUAUUUCACAGUGGCACAACCUGAGUAAUGGUUCUAUCGGAUUAAACCCUUAUGGUCUAUAUGCCUAUGAUACCGUUCGGAUGCUUGCUCGUGCAAUAAAGUUGUUUUUUGAUCAGGGAGGUACCAUGUCAUUCUCCAACAUUACAAGUUUAAGUCAAAUGAGGGGAGGGGCUCUGAAUCUUGGUGCAUUAAGCAUUUUUGAUGGGGGGAAGCAAUUGCUUAACAACAUAUUGCAGACCAAUAUGACAGGUUUGACAGGACCUAUUCAAUUCAAUUCUGACAGAUCUCCUUUUCGUCCUGCAUAUGAUAUCCUUAACAUGAUUGGAAAUGGCUAUAGGCAGAUUGGAUACUGGUCUAAUUAUUCUGGGUUAUCUGUUGUGACCCCAGAGAUACUUUAUGCGAGACCACCCAACCGCUCAAUUUCAAGCCAGCAAUUAGACAGUGUGGUAUGGCCUGGGGGAACAACAAAGAAGCCUCGUGGGUGGGUUUUUCCAAACAACGGAAAGCAAUUGAGAAUAGGAGUUCCAAACCGAGUUAGUUACAGUAACUUUGUUUUGCUGUCAUCAGUAAAUGGUACUGAUAAAGUUCAAGGAUAUUGCGUGGAUGUAUUCCUUGCCGCUAUAAACUUGCUUCCUUAUGCAGUUCCACACAUGUUCAUUCCGUUUGGAGAUGGUCAUAAGAAUCCAAACUUCAAUGAGCUCGUAAAUAUGGUCGCAACUAAUGCUUUUGACGCAGCUGUUGGUGACAUUGCAAUUGUCACAAACAGAACAAAGAGUGUGGAUUUUACUCAGCCGUAUAUAGAGUCAGGACUAGUUGUGGUAGCCCCAAUCAAAAAGUUUUCAAGAGCUUGGGCAUUCUUACGACCAUUUACUCCAUGGAUGUGGGUUGUCACAGCAGCUUUUUUCCUUAUUGUUGGAACUGUUGUGUGGAUUCUUGAACAUAGAAUAAAUGAUGAUUUCCGUGGGCCUCCAAAGAAACAGCUAGUCACAAUUAUGUGGUUUAGCUUCUCUACUAUGUUUUUUGCACAUAGAGAAAAUACAGUGAGUACACUUGGUCGCAUUGUGCUUAUCAUCUGGCUUUUUGUGGUUCUCAUAAUCAACUCAAGUUAUACCGCAAGCCUAACAUCAAUCCUCACAGCGCAACAGCUUUCCUCUCCCAUCACAGGAAUUGAUGCCUUGGUGACUAGCAAUGAACCUAUAGGAUUCCAAGUAGGAUCUUUUGCUGAAAACUAUUUGACUGAUGAACUCAACAUCCCAAAAUCUAGACUAGUUGCUCUUGGCUCACCAGAAGAAUGUGCCGUUGCCCUCGAGAGAGGAACUGUUGCUGCUGUGGUUGAUGAACAGCCAUAUAUGGAGCUCUUCCUAUCAGACCACUGCAGAUUCUCAGUUCGAGGCCAAGAAUUCACCAAAAGCGGGUGGGGAUUUGCAUUUCCUAGAGACUCUCCAUUAGCGGUUGACAUGUCUACUGCCAUACUCAGUCUAUCAGAGAACGGUGAGCUUCAGAGGAUCCACAACAAGUGGUUGUCGAGAAAGGCUUGUGCUUCACAGCCAACCGAUCCUGUGGCAGAUAAGUUUGAACUACAAAGCUUCUUGGGGCUAUUUCUCAUCUGUGGGAUAGCGUUUUUUCUCGCUCUGAUAGUCUACUUUUGCUUGAUAAUGCGCCAGUAUGCCCGGCACGUCCCUGAAGAAACUGAUCCUAGUUCUAGAGCUGGCAGCUCACGUUCUGCGCGCCUUCAGACAUUUUUGUCAUUUGCAGACGAGAAGGAAGAAGUGUGGAAGAGUAAGUCAAAAAGAAAACGAAAGGAUAUGUAUAAUUAUGGGAAUGGAAAUGAAGAUGAAUUCAGGAAUUCUUCUAGGGGAACUGAGGCUUCUUGGGAAAGACGAGAGAUGCAUGAGAUUUGAGGCAUGGCUUUCAAAAAACUUGCACUUUGGUUGCACCGGCUUGAUAAGAACUGCUAAUGAAGUGUGCAUGUUGAGAUCUUGUUUUAACUAAUUUUGUUUUGCUGUAGCUAUCUGAACUAAUUGAUGGCAUAUAUACAAAGAGAAAUGCAUUUGGAAA